AUGGCUAACACUGCCAUACAAUUAGUAGCUUUGAUCGUAUGCAUAAUCGGCAUGGUUGGGACAUUGUCAGCAACUAUUAUGCCCCACUGGAGGAUCACGGCACACAUUGGAGCAAAUGUUGUAACUGCUAUUGUCUACAUGAAAGGAUUAUGGUGGGCAUGUGCCAUGUUCAGCACUGGUGUCUUCCAAUGCGAAACUUACAACUCAGUCCUGGAACUGCCGGCAGACCUGCAAACUGCCCGUGCCAUGAUGGUUAUUUCAGUUGGUCUCUCAUUACUGGCUAUAACAAUCUCUGUGGUUGGCAUGAAAUGCACAGUGUGUGCCAAGGAUUCUCCAAUAAAAGACAAGGUUGCUGGCACCGGAGGAGUUUUCUUUAUCAUAGCUGGCCUAGCAGGAUUGGUGCCAGUGGCAUGGACAAUGAAUGGAGUGAUACUGAAUUUCAACAACCCAUUAAUUCCUGGGGACCUCAAGUUUGAGAUCGGUGAGUCUUUGUACCUUGGAGUCGUUGCCGCGAUGCUGUCCGUCAUUGGAGGAGUCAUGCUGUCCCUGUCAUUUAUAGGUAGGAGAACUGAGCCCUACAGUAGACGACCAAUGUCCUACCAGAAUCCUGCAGCCAACCGCCCUGUGCCUGCUCCAUCAGCUGCAACUGUUCAGUCAAAAGCAGCAAAAUCAGAAUUCAACUCCUACAACCUGACUGGUUAUGUGUAG